CCCUCGACUUCCGGCGCGGUUCCCGCAAGCCGGUUACGGCGGAGCCAUGGAUCGCAAUCCGUCGCCUCCGCUGCUGAGUCGGGACGAGGAGAAGGAUGAGGAGGUGGCCAGAGGAGACUGCAUCGGGGGCACGGUCUACAGCAAACACUGGCUUUUCGGCGUCCUCAGCGGGCUCCUCCAGAUUAUUAACCCUGAAAAUACCAAAUCCACCUCAGGUGAUGAGGAGCAGCAGAUGGAGCUUGAUGAAGAAAUGGAGAAUGAAAUUUGCAGAGUAUGGGAUAUGUCAAUGGAUGAGGAUGUGGCUUUAUUUCUCCAAGAAUUUAAUGCUCCUGACAUAUUUAUGGGAGUACUGGCCAAAUCCAAGUGUCCUCGAUUAAGAGAAAUCUGUGUGGGAAUUUUAGGCAACAUGGCCUGUUUCCAGGAAAUAUGUGUGUCCAUCAGCAAUGAUAAAAAUCUUGGACAGGUAUUAUUGCACUGUUUGUAUGAUUCAGACCCCCCUACUCUGCUGGAAACAAGCAGGUUGUUGCUUACUUGCCUUUCCCAGACAGAAGUGGCCAGGGUCUGGGUUGAAAUGAUCCGUGAACAACCAGCUAUUUAUGAUAGCCUUUGCUUCAUCAUGUCAAGUUCAACAAAUGUUGACUUGUUGGUGAAGGUGGGGGAGAUGGUAGAUAAGCUGUUUGAUUUGGAUGAGAAACUAAUGUUGGAAUGGAUUAGCAAUGGGGCAGCUCAGCCUCUGGACGAACCCCAGCAAAAUUCUGAAGAGCAAGCAGUGUUUAGGAUUGUGCCCUGUGUACUGGAAGCUGCCAAACAAGUACGUUCUGAGACUCUAGAAGGGCUGGAUGUUUACAUGCACAUCUUACAGCUACUUACCACUGUGGAUGAUGGAAUUCAAGCAAUUGUACAGUGUCCUGAUGCUGGAAAAGACACUUGGAGUUUACUUCUUGACCUGGUCUGUCAUGAAUUUUGCCAGUCUGAUGACCCACCCAUCAUCCUUCAAGAACAGAAAACUGUGCUAGCCUCUGUUUUUUCAGUGUUGUCUGCCAUCUAUGCUUCCCAGGCUGCACAGGAGUAUCUAAAGAUAGAAAAAAUUGCUCUUCCUCUGAUUGACAGCCUGACUCGGGCCUUACAAAAUGUGGAACGUUGUGAGAAGAAACCAGAGAACUCAGCAGAGUCUAACACAGAUGAGACUAAGAAGUCUGACUUAGUGGCUGAUGAUUUACACUUGAAAAUCUUGAAGGAUGUUUCGUGUGAAUUUCUUUCUAAUAUUUUUCAGGCAUUAACAAAGGAGACUGUGGCUCAGGGACUAAAGGAGGGCCAUUUAAGCAAACAGAAGUGUUCCUGUGCAUUUCAAAAUCUUCUUCCUUUGUAUAGCCCUGUGGUGCAAGACUUUCUUAAAAUCCUGCAUGAGGUUGAUAAGACCCUUGCUGAUGACCUGGAGAAAAGCUUCCCAAGUUUGAAGGUUUAGACUUAAGACCGAAUUGAAAUUUCCUCUGCCCAAGAAAUAAACUUUAUUUUUCCUCACGA